CAUGUUGUGUCUUUUUGCGUAGUUCUCAAAACCGAAGCUACAGAAAGUUGCAAAUUUUUUCUCGUUUUCGUAUUGCCCGAGCACAAAAUGAUAGGGUGGGAAGAUGUGUACAAUGUGGUGGUGGCCGUGACACCACUCUACGUCGCGCUGAUGCUGGGGUACGCGUCGGUCAAGUGGUGGAAGAUAUUUGCGCGCGAACAGUGCGACGCGAUAAACCAGCUGGUUUGCUACUUCACCCUCCCUCUCUUCGCCUUUGAGUUCGUGGCCCAUGUGGAUCCGUUCCAGAUGAACUACAUGUUUAUCGCGGGGGAUGCGAUCUCCAAAGUGAUUAUAGUGGCUGUGCUUGCUUUGUGGGCCAAGUGCGGCAGCAAAGGGAGCUAUUGCUGGUCCAUAACAAGCUUCUCCUUGACUACUUUAACCAAUUCUUUGGUUGUGGGGGUUCCUCUUAUUAAGGCCAUGUACGGCCAGCUGGGCGUCGACCUUGUCGUCCAGGCAUCAGUGAUCCAGGCAAUCAUCUGGUUGACGGUUCUACUGUUUGUUCUGGAGAUCAGACGGAGUCAGACCGACUACUCAACGGAUCAUGAAACUGUUGUGGGAGAUUCGCGCGUCCUGUCCAUUGAACUCGGAAAAGAUUUGGACGGGAAUAGUAUUGAUGGUAAUGCGGUAGCAGUGAGCGAUACAAGGCGGCCAGCAUUCUGGUGUUUGAUGAAGAUCGUUUGGCUUAAACUUGCUAUGAAUCCUAACUCUUAUGCUUGCAUUGUUGGACUCACUUGGGCUUUCUUGUCCAAAAGGUGGCAUCUUGAAAUGCCUCCUAUCAUAGAAGGAUCUGUGCAGAUCAUCUCUAAAGCUGGAACUGGAACUGCCAUGUUUAGCAUGGGAAUGUUUAUGGCGUCGCAGGAGAAAUUGAUAGCGUGCGGGAUGAGUUUAACAGCAUUUGGGAUGGUGUUGAAGUUCAUAGCUGGACCAGCAGCCAUGGCCAUCGGUGCUAUUGCCGUAGGUCUGCACGGCAACGUUCUACGUGUUGCUAUCAUCCAGGCAGCCCUACCACAAUCCAUUACCUCUUUCAUAUACGCCAAAGAAUAUGGAUUGCACGCUGAUGUGCUUAGCACCGCGGUAAUAUUUGGCAUGAUGGUCUCUCUUCCAGUGUUGAUAGCAUAUUUUGCAAUUUUAGAGUUUCUACAUUGAUCCUAAAUAUUUACGAAGCUUAAAGAAAGCUGAGUUACAUGAAAUAUUAUUGUUAUAGGGAUCAUCUUGGUACCCAUAAUUGAUAUUGCCCACUCUGCUCGUUCUGGAAUGUCUUAAUUACUACUCCUAACUUCUUGAAAAUUUUGAUAAUAACCUUCUCAUUAUUAAAGUCCAGUAUUCUAUUU